AUGUGUCCGCGAUGCGAGAGAGUGGGCGAGUUUGGAUUAAUUAAGUGGCUGCGUCUUUCCCUUCGGGCGACGUGGCCGGACGCGGCGCACUCGAAUCCUUUUAAUCCGCUCUCCCCCACCCCCCUACCAACACACACACACACAUACACACACCAUUGGGCGGGUUACGCCCGAGGCCAGAGUGCUGGAUUGGGGCAGGCCGGGGCGGGGCAAAUGGUGUGGGAAGAUGAUGCCAGUACGAUAGUGUCGGUG